AUGGCUAGCAAGCUGGGAGAUUCUGCAAUGCUUCGAAGGGUCUUGUAUCAUAUGGAAUUUGAAGAUUUUAAGCUUAAUAUAAUUAGUUCAACUUGUCUGAUUCGGUAUUUCUGUAAAAUGCAGAAGUUCUCUGACUGUACUAAGCUUUUGGAGAGUAUGAUCUGCAAUGGCCCCACUCCUACAAUAGUCACUUACAAUGUUCUUUUGGACAACCUUUGCAAGAAUGGGUUACUUGGAGCUGCAUAUCGGAUUUGUAGGGUCCUUAAAAGCAAUGGACCUUCUCCUGAUACAAUUUCAUACAAUAUUCUUAUAAACUCUUUCAUACACGAAGGAGAUGAUUUGAUGGUGAAACAGUUGUUAAGGGAUAUGCAUAAUCAGGGAAUGCAGCCGGAUUUGGUUACAUAUGGGUCCUUUAUCUAUAGCCUUUGUAAAGAAGGGAAGGUAUCAGUUGCCCUCCACCUGCGGGACCAGAUGGUAGAGGCUGGGGUUAAGCCAAGUAUCGUCAUAUACAAUACCUUAUUGAAUGCCAUGUUUCAAAAUGGCAAAUUGUGA